UUAAAAUUAUUGCGUCGUUUGCUUUUCCUUUUUUUUUUUUUUUUUUUUUUUUCCUUUGCGGCCGUACGCGUUACGGCGCAAAUCGCUUUAAACGUAAUUAUUAGCGAAUUCGCUUUAAACGCUUUUGGUAUCGCAAUUAAAAGCGCCGUAAAGGUGCCGCUUAUAGUUGCGAUUAGCAUAUCCGGUUCUAAAGUAAGCAAGGACCGGUCGUUUUUCGGGCUCGUUGUUACUUUUACCCUUUACCGGCGGAAAGUUAUCGCUUUUUCCGGGCCGUAUAAAGCUGUAAUACGAAUUGUUUAUACGUAA